UCUUGUUCUUGUUACGUCUUCCUUCGGCUAGCCUUGUUUUCCUUAACGAGGAUUUAAACACAGUUUGGUGCUCUGACGAAAAAAAUAAUCGAAUGCGUGAAUUGUUAUUGACAAAACUUUUGUUCAAUAUUUAGUUUCUUUACUGUAGACAAACCUUCCUCUUAACAUUUUUAUUCCCUACAAGACAUAUGUUGGCUGCUGACUUCUCCUUAACAACCCGGCUAGAGAUGCACACAGAAUGUGUUUAUGAGACUGUAGCUCUAUGGAGUUUGGAGUAUAUCUGUGCCUAGUUUAGGUGUCAAAGCUCUUUUGGAAAGUGAUAUUAUGAUAUAAGUAUUUUAUUUACCAACAUGCCUAGAUACUUUAAAAUGGAGCCCCUUGUGGCAAAACCACUGAAAGGUCCUGGCCCCGCCCAGUACCAGCUCCCUACAACAGUGGGUCAGAAUUCCAACGACAAGACCAAGAGAUCGUCCCCCUCCUUCUCGUUUGGCUCCAGACAUUGGGAGUUCAAAAAGGAGGGCCCCGGCCCGGCCUACAGUCUGGACAGCUCACUGACUUCAAAGGGGCGAGAACUACGCCCAGCCUUCUCCAUGCUGGGACGGGCUAAAACACCAAAGCGCGAUGUGAGCCCAGGGCCCGGCGCCUACAACACGGACAGGCCGCCACUGAAGGAGAAGAACGCCCCUCACUACUCCAUGAGCCCCAGGACCUCCCCCCGCCGUGUGGACUUCACUCCCUCCCCCAAUAUGUACGCCCUACCCUCCACGAUAGGCCCCAGGGUACCCGACAGAAAAGGCGGGACGCAGGCAGCGAUACUUGGGAGGACCAGUUACUUGGAUUUUUCUGCCGAUCUCGCGAAAACGCCAGGACCCGCCAAAUACGGCGCUCUCCCGCCGUCACAGACGAAGAAAAGGUCCCCGGCGUACAGCUUAGGGAGGAACUUGGAUGUUCUGGCAGAAGAGGAAUCGGAAGAAGAGGAAGUGGAUGAAGGUCACAAAAGGGAGGGAAGCUCUGAUGAAUCGGAGAGUGAUGAUGAUGAAGAGCCAGACCCCUCCUCCCGCAGGGAACCUAACAAGUUUGACAACUUGUGUGAUGGAGUUACCAACACUAUGGCCUACGUACACGGAGCCAUGCAAGAGCUGUUGAACAUGAAGGAUGAGAUGUUGAAGCAUUCUCUGCCUCCUACAUUGCUGAUCAAACUAGCAACAGUCACUGGCAAAGUCUUCAGAAGUGUGAGUGACUUGAAUAUGCCAGUCAAUGAGUUAGUAAGGCUUGUGAGAGUUUACUCAACACCCUGGGAGGAAAAGAGUGCAGCUCUCAAAAAACUGCACGAAGACUAUGAAAACAAACAGAGACAACUCAACAUCGCUGUGAAACGACUACAACUUGUUGACGCACAUUCCAAGAGAAUAGCGAGAGAGAAGCGCAUCAUGAACUGGGAGAAGUUGUUUGCAAAAAUAAUGAGCAACAGGGGUCACGGCAGACGAUGGAAGUUCUUGAUAGAAACCAUUAAACAAAAAGCCAAACUUGGACUGGAGCAUGUACAGGAAUACACGCGAGCCCUGGAGGAGAGUUCUGAUGAAGAGGAGGAUGAGGAGGAUGACAUGCCUAUGACAAUAAAGCGACCCGGGGAGGACAGCGACAAACUCUCGGACCUGGAAGAAGGUGAAGAGGAUGAUGAGAAGACAUCAACUGGUAAAGACAGCAGUGACGACACCGAAAAGUCGGACAAAGAGGAGGACUCGACCCGAGUGGGCUCACCAAAGAAAGUGAGGUUUGCCUCCCCUGAAGAGCCCCCAGUGCCAGUGCAAGUUAAACCUCCGACCAGCGACGUAGAGGUGUGGACCGGUGAACAGGAGUACGAUCACUUCCUGUACUGUCGAGUGUACCAGCCAACCAAAGUUGAGGAGCAGGAAUUAAAAUGCAUCAUUACUCUGGGGGAGCAGAUCAAGAAGACCAAGAGGAUAGAUGCUGAGAGGCCUGUGUCUCAACCUCAACCAGAGAAAGAGAAAGAGGAAGCCAAACCAAAAGGUCGCGGUCUAAUUGGCAUGAGGGCAAAACCAGCAGAAGACAAAAUGGCUCAAUUCAAAAAAGAGGCUGAACAAAGAAAAGCAGAACAGGAAGCUAAAACAAGCAAUCAAGAUGAGUUGAAGACAAAUGAAGGUAAGAGUGGUGUUGAGAAAGAUGGGGAUCAAGUAAAUGAAAAAUCUAAGGUGGAAGAGGUGGAAAGUGGAGAACAAGUGGAACAGCCUGCAGAUGAACCAAAUGAUGAUGAUGUUAACACCGACUUUGAAAAGAACAAUAUUGCCAUUGAUGCGAACAACAAACCUAAUGGUUCAAAUGUAGAAGAGAAAGAUAACAUAACAAAAGACAAAGCAUCAAAGUCUGAUGAUUCAAAACUUGAUGAAAAAUCAGACACAUCCAAACCUAGUGACACAAAAGAACCUCCAAAGCGAAGAUUUGCAAGGGAUGUUAAAAAAUCCUCAGAAUCAGAUUCUAGAAAAAUGGCAAGGUCCCUCUUACAGCAGAAGAAAAAACCUGGUGCAGUGAAACAGAAAGGAGCUAGUCAUCUAAAUCCACAAAAAGCAGACAAGCAGGCAGCGUCCAAAGAGACGGGUGGAAGGGGCGAAGAAGCAGCUGCUGUUGAAGAGAUAGAAGAGUACCAGGAGAUAUUUUUUGAGAUUCCGGAAUAUUUUGGAAAUGAUAGCCUGUGGCGGAAAGGAAAAGAAAGUGAACCCAAAAGCCUCAAAUUGUCUGUACAUAAAGGUCCCACAGAGGACAUGUUUGCCAUGGCAACCAUUGACCUGGAUGACAUUUUUGACCAGGAGAUGAAGGUUGUGUACCUCCCAGAGCCCCAUGGUGAUGAUGAUGUCCCUCCACCCCCUGGGGAAAGAGAAAAGACAGAGGAGGGUGUGACCCUAACAAAGCCCACUACCCCCAAAACAGAGAAUGGAGCGCCUGUAGAGAAACAUGAAAUCCUCAAAAAGGUGGAGCCACUCCACUUUCCAAUCUUUGCUCUCAAUCCCAAGAAAACAGAUAAUGUUCAUGAGCCAUGUGGAAAUGUUCCUGUAGUGUUUUACAUGGCUAAGAGGGCCAAACCCAAACUGUGGAAUAGAAAUAAUGGUACUGUUCCUUUUAAUGACCUUGUCCUUGACAUUGCUGGCAUUGACCUCCAGACAUGGAGGAAAGAAGACAUGUUUAAAGAAACUGAAAGUCGGGCUGCGUCAGCCAUGGAAUGGCAGCCAGAGGUUCAGGUCAAGGUUGUUGAGAAAGAGGUCAUCAAGGAGGUCAUAGUUCAGGCUGAACCCAAGAUUAUUGAGGUCAUGAAAACACCACCACCACCUCCACCAGAAUCUCCGAAGGAGGAUGAAGGAGAGCAACCAGUAACUGUAGAGACGAUUCCAAAAGUAGAAUAUGAUAAACUGAUAAACAAGCACAGUGAGGAGUUACAGCUGGUCCAGGCAGAGUAUGAAAAACGCUUGCAAGAACUUUUAGAGAACCUGCAACAAAUGCAGCAGACACAGCUGGAGCAGAAAGAGUUGCUGAUGCAACAGCAACAACAGCAACAAAGCCGUCCUCCCCUCGUCCAUCAGCGUCCUGUGUCUAGCAGCAGUAAGCGGUCCUCGCCUGGUGGAGGGCGCGUGUCUGCUGCACCACCCAAGACCCCCUCACAGCUUCAACCCUCCACAAUGGUGUCCCCAAGUCUGGGGGUCAGCCAGGAAAUAGCCAUGCUGCCUAAAACCCCCCAAACUUAUGACACCCUCACACCUGUGGGCUAUGAGUCAAGGACCGAGAACCAGUCUCUGGCUCACUCCAUGCCUGAGGCUUCUUUUACACGAAAGAACAUGAAGGUGCUGCGUCCCAUCCCAACGAUGGGCAGCGACGUUCCAGAAGAUUUCCUGACACGGCUGGCCUGGUUUGAGGAGACCAGUAAGAAGCACCAACAGGAGAACCAGGAGAGGACCAUGAGGACCAUCCAGGAGGAGCUCGAGAAGAAGCUGGCCGGCCAGAACAAACUCAGCAGGAGAGACGAGGGCCUCUAUGAUGCAAUGAAAGAUGUCAGCUUGCCAGCAUUGUUUAUGCCAACAGAAAACAAGAAGGCUGCCAUCUACAAUCCCAGAGCACAUCAGUACUUCCACCCAACAGGUUCCUCAGAUUUAAGAUUGUCUCAACCUCCUUCAGUGUUCCAGUUACCUCCCCUGCCACCCAAAUCUAGAAUGUCUGUGGUAAAUCUCUUUGAGUUGAGCAGGAAUUUCAAUCGCAAGGACCAAGCUUGGUUAAUGGACAAAUACAUUCAACAGCAGGAGCCACUACAGAACGUACAUGGGACUGCCCCCCAUACCCCUGCCCCCACCCUCACACAGACACCCUUCAAUGACCCCCAGCAGUGUGUGAGAGAGGGGACGCCUGCGAAAGAGAAGGACAGACAGGCAGAGACUUGACAGCCAUUUAAUGAUGAGUGAUACAUCAAGAAAUGAUGCACUGGUAUGUGUUUAUGUGUGUGAUAUGGAUUACAUUCCCUUACUACAAAUACAGAAUGUUAAAUCAACAAGGACCAACUCCAACUUGGUUGAUGCAUGUAUGGUACAUGUACUUCCAACAUGUGAUGUGUUUAUGAUAUCAAAAAGCUGUGAUAAUUGUGAAAUGAUUUGGUUGUGAAUAUAUUUUCUGUACAAAACUUAAAUGCAUCCAUGAAUUUUGGAAUAUUUUAUUCUUUGUCAAUUUAUAUGAGUUUAUUCAUGAAAACUGUUAUUUUUAUCAGGGAAGUUAAUUUGUCCCCGUUUUUUGUUGUACAUCUGUUUUUUAUGAUUUUUUUUAUGAUUUUUAUAUUGUGUAAGAAAUAUAUUGAAAAAAUCCA